UUUUCUCGCCAAAUAGUAAACUUCUGAAUAAUUUACCAGAUGCUGGCGCGUCAAAUUGCGAGCCAAAAGAUUUCAGAGCCAAACAAAAUCUCGGGCGAACCCUUCAAUUAAAACCUCGAACCGUAUACGGACUUAUAGUAUUUUGCACUUUAAUUUCUCUCGUAAAAAAAAUAAAAAAUCGAACCCCCCUUCUCUCUAUUGCUUUCCAUGGCGAACUCGGUGGCUGAUUCACGUAGCAACAGGGCAGCGGUUCAAGCCACCAACGAUGAUGCUUCAGCCAGUAAACUGUCAUGCGUUAAAAAGGGAUACAUGAAAGAUGACUACAUCCAUUUGUUUGUCAGAAGACCUGUGAGGAGAUCUCCUAUUAUUAACCGUGGUUAUUUUGCACGUUGGGCUGCUUUCAGGAAGCUUCUAUAUCAGUUUCUUGAUUGUGAGGGAUCUAAUAGUGAAAAGGGUAAAACAAAGAGGCAGAUACUAUCACUUGGUGCUGGAUUUGAUACCACCUAUUUUCAGUUGCAGGAUGAGGGAAAAGCACCGUAUCUAUACGUGGAACUGGAUUUUAAAGAGGUAACCAGCAAAAAAGCUUCCCUUAUUGAAUCCUACAGUCAAUUGAGGGACAAAAUUGGUGCAACAGCAUCAAUCUCGCGAGAGAAUGGAGAAGUGCUCAGUGAUCACUACAAGCUACUUGCGGUUGAUUUGCGUGACAUUCAGAAGUUGGAUGAUGUCAUAUCAUUGGCAAAUAUGGAUCCCAGUCUGCCAACAUUUAUUAUUGCAGAAUGCGUUUUAAUAUACCUGGAUCCAGAUUCAAGCCGUUCUAUUGUUGGUUGGGCGUCAAAGACGUUUUCAACAGCAAUAUUUUUCCUAUAUGAGCAGAUUCAUCCAGAUGAUGCUUUUGGGCAGCAAAUGAUAAGAAAUUUGGAGAGUCGAGGCUGUGCACUUUUGGGUAUUGAUGCUACACCAACUUUGCAAGCAAAGGAAAAACUAUUUCUUGAUCAGGGAUGGCAGAAAGCUGUUGCCUGGGACAUGCUGAGAGUUUACAGUAAAUUUGUCGACGCCAAUGAAAGACGAAGAAUCGAGCGGCUGGAAUUGUUCGAUGAAUUUGAAGAAUGGCAUAUGAUGCAGGAGCACUAUUGUGUCGCUUAUGGAAUCAAUGAUGCCAUGGGGUUGUAUGGUAAAUUCGGGUUUGAAGAUGACGAGCAACAUGCCUCCAACACCUCUUCACCUGCAUCACCAUCUCCAUGAAAUAUACAAAGCAGCUCCACAUCGUAGAAGUGGAGAAGCACGUGUGACUGGCACGUGCUGUGUAGCAAAGGGUAAGAAAAAAACUGUUUAAGCACAAAACAAGUUUCAAAAGGGUAUUAUAUUUUGACUUGCGGUGCAAGCUUUGUUGAGUAUGCUUAUGUGUAACAUGUUUUUUUUUUGUGUGACCUAAAAGAAAUGGGCUUUAUUUUUUCUGCUUGCUAUUUUGGCAAAUAAAGAACAGGAAGGUCUCAACUGUCCAAAAAGUCGUUAUGAGUACUUUUAUAUGUUUGUAUUUGAAUUAUUUUUGGUUAUAAUUGUGUUUAAAAUA